AUGAAGAAGUCUGACAUCCUAGGUUGGUACAGGAGGCUGUACCGCAACUCUCUUCGAGCGGUGCAGUUCUCAUCGCCGUCGCGGUACGUCGUCCGCGACCAGCUCAGGGCAGCAUUCCGCCGGACGGACGAGAUACCCGACAAGCACACGUUGCAGAGGACGAAUUGGUUUCUGCAGACGGCGGCCGCGGAGAGAGGGCUCGAGCACAAGAUCCUCAAGAACCUGAUCCGCAUGGCGCAGGAUCGGAGUCGCCUGAAGCCGUGGAAGUCCACCUAUCUCCAGGGCGUCAGCCACGACACGAAGCCUUUGGCUCAGGCGAACAAGGCGAUGGACGAGUCGGCUCAUUACCACUUUGAUAUGACGCUGGCCAUGUUGAACAAGUCGAUGGGGAUGUGUCUGCGGUGCGAUCCGACUUAUGAGCCCAGGUGA